CGCCUCUUCUAUUAGUUUUUCAAUUUUUUUUUAAGACUCAAAUCAGCACUAACAUAUAUACUUACAGCCGAUUACACAUAUAUAAACCCACCCCUGUUUUGCCUCUAAUUUUUCAAAUUCUCCAACGAUUUAAACACCGAAAAAAAUAAAGAGUUUAACGGUUCCCUUCUUCGCGCCAGAGGCUCCGAGCCGAGAGAGCCAUGGCGGCUCAGGUCGAAACGACUUCUCAGCCAGGCGGAGGAGCAGGCGGCAGCGCCGGUAACCCUAGCGAAAUUCAUACUGACGUUAAUUCCGGUGAUAAUGCUAGUGGAGAGGAGAUAGAGAAAACUAGGACGUUAAUUUGUGCCCUUAAUUUUCUCUCCCGUAAUCUUCCCCUUCCUCAAGAUGUUUUUGAUGCUGUUUCCUCUAUUUACCAUGACGGCACCACCGCUGAUACUGCCGCCGAUGAGGAGAAUAACCAUGUUGAUGAUGACAAGAACGAGGAGGAGGAGGCAACUGAGCGUGGAGCCGACAAUCAAAACGACGAUGCCAACGUCGUUGGUGGCGGCGGGGUUGGAUCUAGUGCGGUUGCUGCCGAAAGAGCUGCGGCGAAAGAUAGAGCUGGAAUGUCAAGUUAUGGGGAUUUAAUGGCAGACUUUGAGGUGGCAGUGCUGAAGCAACGAGAGAAUUGCAUGUCGGGUUCUGGAUUGGGUGAACUAAAAGAAUCUCAUUUCCAGAGCCAUAUUCACCGCCGUCUGACUGAACUUGAAGAACUCCCCGCAAGCAGAGGUGAGGACCUGCAGACAAAGUGCUUGCUUGAACUCUAUGGAUUAAAGUUAGUGGAGUUACAGAACAAAGUAAGAUCUGAAGUCAGUGCAGAGUACUGGCUGCGUCUGCAUUGUACAAGCCCUGAAAAUCAGUUGUUUGAUUGGGGCAUGAUGCGGCUGCGCCGUCCUUUAUAUGGAAUUGGUGAUGCUUUUGCUGUUGACACUGAAGAUCCCCUGAAAAAGAAACGUGAUGCAGAGAGGUUAUCAAGAUUGGAGGAGGAAGAAAGGAACCAUGUAGAAACUAGAAAAAGAAAAUUCUUUGCAGACUUGCUGAAUGCUGUACGUGAACUCCAAUUACAAGUUCAAGCUUCUCAAAAAAGGCGAAAACAACGCAAUGAUGGUGUCCAGGCGUGGCAUGCAAAGCAAAGGCAACGUGCUACACGGGCAGAGAAACUGAGAUUUCAAGCUCUGAAGGCUGAUGAUCAGGAAGCUUAUAUGAAAAUGGUUGAGGAGAGCAAGAAUGAACGAUUGACUAUGCUUCUAGGGAAGACUAACGAUCUCCUGGUUCGUUUGGGAGCUGCUGUUCAGCGUCAAAAAGAUGCUGAACUUCAGGGCAUUGAACCAUUGGAAGGUUCAGAUGCUGACUUACCUGAGUUGUCUGCUUCAAAGACUGAAACUCCAGGGCAAUCACGCCCUUUGGAAGAUGAGGACGUUCUAGAUAAUGAAACCAAUAGCCCAAAAAAAGGAGGCGAUUUACUUGAAGGCCAGAGGCAGUAUAAUUCAGUUGUGCAUUCAAUUGAAGAGAAGGUGACUGAGCAACCAGCCAUGCUUCAGGGUGGAGAAUUAAGACAAUACCAGUUAGAAGGGCUUCAGUGGAUGCUGUCCUUGUUCAAUAAUAAUCUAAAUGGAAUUUUAGCAGAUGAAAUGGGGCUGGGGAAGACGAUUCAAACAAUUUCUUUGAUUGUUUAUCUCAUGGAAAAUAAAGGGGUAACUGGGCCUCACUUGAUUGUUGCCCCAAAAGCUGUACUACCAAAUUGGAUCAAUGAAUUUGCAACCUGGGCUCCAAGUGUUGUUGCUGUUCUUUAUGAUGGGCGUGCAGAUGAAAGGAAGGCAAUCAAAGAAGAGUUUUUCAUUGAGGGGAAGUUCAAUGUGUUGAUUACCCAUUAUGACCUUGUUAUUAGGGACAAAAAGGUUCUAAACAAAAUUCAGUGGAACUACUUGAUUGUGGAUGAAGGACAUCGAUUGAAAAAUCAUGACUGUGUUCUUUCACGAACCAUUGUAACGGGCUACAACAUUAGGAGGAGACUCCUACUGACUGGUACCCCCAUUCAGAAUAGCUUGCAGGAAUUAUGGUCCCUGCUUAAUUUUCUGCUUCCAAAUAUAUUUAAUUCAGUUGAGAAUUUUGAGGAGUGGUUUAAUGCCCCUUUUGCGGAUAGAGGUAAUGUCACCCUGACAGAUGAAGAAGAACUUCUGGUCAUUCGGCGCCUGCACCAUGUUAUAAGGCCAUUUAUACUGAGGAGAAAGAAAGAUGAAGUGGAGAAGUUCCUUCCUGGGAAGAUACAGGUCAUACUGAAGUGUGAUAUGUCAGCAUGGCAAAGAGUAUACUAUCAGCAAGUCACUGACGUGGGAAGAGUUGGACUGGAUAAUGGAACUGGGAAAUCUAAAAGUCUACAGAACCUUUCCAUGCAACUCAGAAAAUGUUGUAAUCACCCAUACCUAUUUGUGGCUGAGUAUAAUAUGUGGCGCAAAGAGGAGGUAUUCAGAGCAUCUGGCAAAUUUGAGCUUCUUGACCGCUUAUUACCCAAACUACACAAAUCUGGGCACAGGGUUCUCCUCUUCUCACAAAUGACUCGUCUCAUGGACAUUCUUGAAAUAUAUCUCCAACUUCAUGACUUUAAAUAUCUUAGACUUGAUGGGUCAACAAAAACCGAGGAAAGAGGGUCUUUACUAAGGCAGUUUAAUGCUCCAGAUUCUCCUUAUUUUAUGUUUCUUCUCAGCACGCGUGCUGGAGGACUUGGUUUGAAUUUGCAGACUGCAGAUACGGUGAUAAUUUUUGACAGUGAUUGGAAUCCACAAAUGGACCAACAGGCAGAGGAUCGAGCUCAUCGCAUUGGGCAAAAGAAGGAGGUUAGGGUCUUUGUGUUGGUAAGUGUUGGAUCAAUUGAAGAAGUUAUAUUGGAGCGUGCUAAACAGAAGAUGGGCAUAGAUGCCAAGGUUAUCCAGGCUGGAUUAUUCAAUACAACUUCUACCGCUCAAGAUAGGCGGGAGAUGUUGGAAGAGAUAAUGCGCAAAGGUACUAGUUCACUUGGAGCGGAUGUACCUAGUGAGAGAGAAAUUAACCGUCUUGCUGCUCGAUCAGAUGAAGAGUUCUGGCUUUUUGAGAAGAUGGAUGAGGAUAGAAGAAGGAAGGAGAGUUACAGAUCACGCCUUAUGGAAGAGCAUGAAGUACCAGAUUGGGCUUAUGCAGCUCCAGAAACUAAGGAGCGCAAGGGGAAAGGUUUUCAAUAUGAAGCUGCUAAUAUCACUGGAAAGCGUCGCAGAAAAGAGGUUGUUUAUGCUGAUACAUAUGGUGAAUUAGAGUGGACAAAGGCUGUGGAGAAUGGAGACUUGGCUAAGCAUUCAGAUAAAGGUAAGAAGAGGAGGUUGGACAAUCCAACUUUGAAUAAUGACCUGCCAAAUAAUAGUGCUGGAGGUGAGAAAAGGUUACCAGUCUUGAAGAAUGAAACUGUGGCUGUGGCAGCUGAAAUAACAAGAACUUCCUCUGGGUCAACAUCAAUCCCUAAAAGAUUGAAGUACGAGGAUGCAAACUCUUCCAAAAUUGAUCAUUCAGAUCGAAAAGAGGGCAGCUUGGAUGGCUUGACGUGGAAAGCACAUCAGAAAAAGAGGUCAAGCUUGGUAUAAAAUUCAGUAAAUUCACCGAGCUCAAGGGGGAAUUGCAAAGAGAGAGGCGAUCAUAAUGGUUUGCAAAUAAAGCAAUGCAGAUCUAGAUAGUCUAAUCCGCAUGUUUAAUGAAUAUUCUUUCUGGUAUCUAUACCAAUUUGUAUGAUACCUGCAGCUCUUAGCAUGUAAACGUGGGUUUUGACCUCUUUGUUUGAGCUGCAGAUAUGGAAGUGGCCAUUCUACGUAGCAGAGAUGGCCAAAGAAUAUUACCUGCUUGGCCGGUCAAUUGCUAAGUCUCCAUGGUAGAAUCCUAUUUGUUCAUAGGACUUCGGAGCUGCAACAUGUUUAUCAUGUACAAUGGGUAGACUAUAAAGUGAAAGCAGUAGUCCUGGGUUUUUCA